CUCGUAUUCUCUGUUCCAGUGGAAGCUAAAACCGUCGCAAUGUCUCUCACCGGUCACCGCUUCUUGCUUCUCCAGUCUCCUCCUCCUCGCUCUCUCUUUGUUUCUACACCUCGCCUGCCGCUGAAGCGUGCUUCUAUCGGUGGCGUUGCCUCCGUCCAUAACUGCCGUGUCUUAGCUCUGACUCGGUGUAACCCGAUCGUUUCAACUCGUCGCCGACUCUUCCCGGUCCGUGCAAUUGACUCAGAACUUCCUCACCAUAGCAAGGAAUACGAAGAAUGGGACUCGUGGACGGCCAAGUUCUCUGGUGGAGCCAACAUCCCCUUUUUGAUGCUGCAGCUGCCACAGAUAAUCCUCAAUGCUCAGAAUCUUUUGGCCGGUAACAACACCGCCCUCUCCGCCGUCCCCUGGCUGGGGAUGUUGACUGGUUUGUUAGGGAACCUUUCGUUGCUUUCAUACUUCGCAAAGAAGAGAGAGAAAGAAGCUGCUGUGGUGCAGACACUUGGAGUCAUCUCCACCUACGUUGUUCUUGCGCAGCUCACAAUGGCUGGAGCCAUGCCUGUGCAGUAUUUUGCUGCUACUUCCGCCGUUGUGACGGUUGGUCUGGUGUUGAAUUGUUUGUUCUAUUUUGGGAAGCUUGGUACUACUGUGUGGCGACUUUGGGAAGACUUUAUAACUGUUGGUGGACUCUCCGUUCUUCCUCAAAUCAUGUGGUCAACUUUUGUCCCUCUGGUACCAAAUAGUAUCUUGCCUGCGACAACUGCUUUUGUUAUUGCUGUAGCGGCUGUAAUUAUGGCUAGGACCGGGAAACUCUCAGAGGAAGCUGUUAGGUUUGUGGGGUCGUUAUCUGGAUGGACAGCAACACUUAUGUUCAUGUGGAUGCCAGUUUCCCAAAUGUGGACAAACUUCCUAAACCCAGACAACGUAAAAGGCUUAUCACCAAUCACAAUGGUACUUGCGAUGAUGGGAAACGGGCUUAUGAUCCCACGAGCACUAUUUAUCCGUGAUUUGAUGUGGUUCACCGGUUCAAUGUGGGCAACUCUCUUUUAUGGAUACGGGAACAUUCUUUGCUUAUACAUGUUAAACUGCACCAGCAAGUCAUUCUUUGUGGCGGCCACAAUUGGUUUGAUCUCAUGGAUAGGACUUGCUUUGUGGAGAGAUACAAUAGCCUAUGGUCACAACUCGCCAUUAAGAUCACUGAAGGAGCUUGUUUUUGGACCAUAACUCAAAUAGAGUUGAAACGCAGUUUGCUUAAAGCUAUAGCAAGUACAUAGAGAUUACUUGUUUGUGUGAAGGACCAAGUCCACUAUAUUCUGUCCAAGUUCAUGUAUAAAACGCAUAUUCAAUGCUAUUACUUUCAUUGAAUCAUACUAUGAUACUACUAAAACAUCAUCUAAGUACGC